GUUCCCUUCUAACGACUCAAGCUUCAAAUUACGAUGGUACACAAUGCUCAUGGAAAUAUUCAGGAAGCAAAAUGAGCAAAUAAAAACCCUAGAAUCUUACCCGCAUCGAAGAAAGCCCUCUCUCCUACGGAGAAAGAAGAUCCAUCUUCUCCAUGGAAAAUUCGAUUCCCUUUCAAAUCCCAGCUCUCUUUCUUCUUCCCAGAAUCUUCUGACCACGGAGCGAGAUUUGUUAGAUCGAGCUCGAGAUGGAGGAAUCACGGCGUUUCCGUCCGAUCCAGGGUACUAACACCUGUCCUACCUGUUCCAUUUCGCAUUUCCCAUUCUGCCCCCAACCUCUCCCACUCAAUCACAACGGUCCCGGCCCCGAUAAUCUCCAUCGCUUCCCAAUGGAUCACAACCUUUCGUUUCAAAAACCUUUCUUGAAUCCCCACCCCGACAACCAUCCGAUGCCAUUCCCGGGCCCGGGCCCUUUCUCGCAUCCGAAUACGAACCUAUUUCCUGGCAAUGCCUUCGGUGUGCCAGAUUCUUCACAUUCUUGGGAUAGAAAUCAGAUGCAGGCUAUUAGGGGUGCAUUCUUUCCAGAAGAAUUCGACGAGAGGACUCACAAGAGGAUGAGGGUUGACGAUAUGGACUCGGGUCCUUUUACGCAGAUGAUUCUGCCUGUUCGUAAUGGUUACACCUCUGCUGAGAACGAACGGCGGCUGAAUUUGAUCCGUGAGCAUGGAGGACAAAGCAUCACACCUGACCUGUCAUUUGAAUUGGGGCCUGGCUUAGUGCGUGACCGAUCGAACACGGGUAGCACUCGGAGUUUUGAAUAUGACUACCGGACGGAUAGAUACUUUCAAGGAACUUCAAUUCAGGAGAAGAGAUCAGAAGGUCAAAGGAUCGGAGGAGUUGAUUGGCGGGGCAGUAUGGUUUCAAACAAUUUCAAUAAUUCUGGGUUUGAUUCUGUUGCUGAAGCAAGACCUGUUUUACCUCCCGGCCAAGAGCUACUUAAUCAGCUGAACCAUCCUGUCCAUGUCAAUGUUCAUGAUCCCUAUCGCAGUUUUCGUAGAGCUGAUAAUUUCCAGGAUGAAACUAAUAGGGGAUACAGUUCAGGCUUUGAGCAUCAACGGAUGCAAAGCAACUCGAAUGGGUUUCAAUGCAAUGCAGAAUACACUGUUCAAAACAGGGAGGAAACUGCUGCGGCCACGUUCUAUAAUUCGCAAGAUGAACAGCACCCGCAUUCUCGUUAUCGUCUGCCUGAUAUUCCCUUGCAUGCUUUGCAGAGCCACAGACCUCGGAAUUUUUCGAUGGGUGCACUAAACCACGAGGACCCUGCCGGGCAAAGUCAGGAUCUGUUGGUGCAUCAUGGAGAAGAUCGUGACCUUUGUCAGAAGAUGAACUGGGUUGGGCAGUCUUUUAUAAAUCCAGAUCAAGGAAAACAAAAUCAGUCAGAUCGUUUUUCACGAGUCUCUCAUGAAGAUUUCCAUGCCUAUGGUCAGCAACAGUUUCACCCAAAAGAGUAUUCUUCUGGGAUCCCAUCAAACCAGCCACAAAAUCCCCAUACAGCUACAUGGCAGGCGGCAAAUGCACAGCACUGGGAACCAAGUUCUCAUUUGCCGAUACAGAACCAUCUCCCCAAUGAUUUGCUGCCCCAACAACUUCACACCAUGCAACUCCCGGUGGUAAACAGGCAUGAAUUCCAUGGCCGGCAUAUUGAUGCUACAUCACCCUUUGAUCUUAAAGUUCCACUGCAUGAGGAAUAUCAGAGGUCUGUUGAACCUCAAAGUUUGCCUGUGGUAGAACAAUCGGAUGCAUGGAGUAUCAAUAAACACGGUGGUUACUCAUCCCUGCCAGCUGCCAGCAGCAUGAUUGCCCAGACGUUUGGCACCCAUCAUUGUUCUGCCUCCUUGUUACCGCAGCCUCUUUCAAAGGCCCCAUCAGCACUUUAUCCAUCACACUAUCAAGCUCCUUCACCCCCAAGAACAUCCUCCCCUUUGUGGCCUAUACCUGCGAGUUCUUCAGCUACUGUGGCUUCACCACUUCCAUCAGCAAUUCGAGGUCUUCCUGAAGGCCAGCCCUUGGCACAGGACUACUACAAUAAGCCACUUUCACAUGCUUCAACUGGAUUGUCUGCCGAGGGAUCACAAUUUAUCCACCAAGCACUGCCUAAGCAAUAUGUGGAAGAAGGGCCGCCUUUUCAACCGAAGCAUUCCCAGCCAGACAAACCAAAAGUUAUUAAUGCUGCUCACUUAUUUAGGCAGCCACACAGAGCCACCCGCCCUGAUCAUAUUGUCGUCAUCCUUCGAGGACUUCCUGGUAGUGGAAAGAGCUACUUAGCAAAGAUAUUACGCAAUCUUGAGGUUGCAAAUGGUGGUAAUGCACCACGAAUUCAUUCCAUGGAUGACUAUUUCAUGACUGAAGUUGAAAAGGUUGAGGAGAUUGAGGCUUCUAAACCUUCUAGCUCGGUCAAAGGCAAGAAGCGAAUUACUAAGAAGGUGAUGGAGUAUUGUUAUGAACCAGAAAUGGAAGAGGCUUAUCGAUCAAGCAUGUUAAAAGCAUUCAAGAAGACCUUGGAGGAGGGAGCUUUCACCUUUAUAAUUGUGGAUGACCGCAAUCUGCGGGUAGCUGAUUUUGCUCAGUUUUGGGCAACUGCGAAGAGAUCUGGAUAUGAGGUCUACUUGCUGGAAGCUUCAUACAAGGAUCCCAUGGGUUGUGCUGCGAGGAAUGUGCAUGGUUUCACAACAGAUGAAAUACAAAAGAUGGCAGAACAGUGGGAACAGGCUCCAUCUUUGUACUUGCAGUUAGAUGUCCAGUCAUUAUUCCACGGAGAUGAUCUCAAAGAGUGCAGUAUCCAAGAGGUUGACAUGGAUAUGGAUGAUGUGUCUGGUGAUGAAGGAGGCAUAUCCAACAUGCAAUACAGAAAGGCUGUUAAGACAAUGGAACCAUCAUUAGCAGAUUCUGCCCAUGAUGAUGCUUUAAGUGCUGAAGAGAAAUGGGGCACUGAAAGGGAUGACUCAGCAGAAGCUGUAAAAGAACUGGGAAGGAGUAAAUGGUCAGAGGACAUUGACGAUGAUAUCGACAGAACAGAAGGGGCUAAAGGGAAUUUGAGUGCUUUUUCUGGGUUGAUAAAAGCUUAUGGAAAGCGAGAUAAAUCGGUCCGUUGGGGUGACCAGGUUGGAAAGAGUGGCUUCUGGAUUGGUGCGGCUAAAAAAUCCAUCAUGUCUUCUUUGUUAAUUGGGCCUGGUGCUGGCUACAAUUUGGACUCCAACCCACUGCUGGAAGAAGACAAUGCUGAUGCAAUUGAGAGUAACAGUGGAGAGUCAAGAAGGCGAACCGUAUUUCUUGAGCAGCUCCGUGCAGAGUGUGAGUCCUUCCGAGCUGUGUUUGACAGAAGGCGGCAGCGCAUUGUUGGGCUGGAGACAGAAGAUGAGUAGGGUUGUUUUUUUUUGUUUUUGUUUUUGUUUUGUUCUUAUUUCUCCAUAUUAGUUUAUGCAUGUGAAUCUUUCCUUCUUUUCACAUUUCAUCUUAAAUGAGACAUUUCUAUGAGUGAAUUCACCAAAAGUUUUUGUUCAUAGAAGGAAACCGUUGUACUGCAGGGCAUGGGGCUGUUUGGGAUCAUCAAUUUCAUCAUCAUCUAAACCUUAUCCCAAUUAAUUUGGGAACAUACAACAAUACAACGUUCAUCAAUUUAUUAGAUUUUCUAGGCUUUAAAUAGGUAA